GUGGAUAUAAAAACAAAUGCAGCAACGGUAAUUUUUCACUUUUCAGUGAGAUUUCCAACAGAAGUCACUUCUGGACGCAUUAAUCCCAAAUCCAGUGCCUUUGUGCGCAAGGAAAAAUCCCAGUUUUCAAUUGAUAUUCAACAAAGAGACAGAGAGAUUGAGAAGAAAAUGGUUGGACAAGUCGGAACAUCAUCAGGAGGAUCCCUUCCGGAAGGGAAGUACACCAUUGUCAGUGUGGACAUUGAUGCCACAGGACGGCGAUUAAUCGAUGAAAUCGUCCAUUUGGCUGCCUACACACCGGAUUCUGAGUUCUCACAGUACGUUAUGCCGUACAUGAAUCUCAAUCCGGCAGCCAGGCAGCGGCAUCAGGUGCGCGUAAUCACCAUCGGCUUCUUCCGGAUGCUGAAGAGUAUGCAGACGUACAAGGUGAUGAAGACAAAGCCCGAAUAUGCCGCCCUUGUGGACUUUAUGCUGUGGCUGGAGGAGCAGAAGGCACGCAAUCCCGACUCCAAGGGCAUCAUUAUGCUCUACCAUGAGCAACGGAAAUUUGUGCCCUACAUGCUCCUGGAGGCGCUCAAAAAGUACGACAUGCUCCCACGCUUCAAAACCUCCGUUGUAGGCUUCACAAAUGUCUACCCAUUGGCUGAGAAGGAAUGUGGGGUGACUUUGAAGUAUUUCACCCUGAAGGAACUCAAGAAGGUCAUCUUGCAAUGCGAUGAAGAUGACAGGAAUGAGUUUGAGGGUAGUGCCAAGGUACGCUCAAAGAUUGCCUAUGAUGUGUCGAAGGUGUUGGCAAAUAAACCAUCUGCAGCUACUGUUGAGGUGAAGAAGGAAGAUGUUGCUGAAGCUGCUGCUGCUGCUGCGGUGCAGCAACCGGAAGCAGCUGUUCAGGAGAAUUGUGUGCAAGAGCAGGAAGGUCAGGAGGCGAAGCCAGAGCAACAGGAGCAGCAGGAGCAACAAGUUGAGGGAGAUGGAGAGGCUAAUAAGGUGGAGGAGGCUGCUCAGGAAGCAGUUGAAACUCCCUCUGUGCCUGAGACGCAAGAGGAGAAGAAACCAGCUGUUGUGCCCGUUGUGAAGGAGGCAACAACGGAGAAGGAGCGAACAGCUGUCUUCCAUCGUGUUAUCACGGGCAUGGCGACGACAAUUGACGAGAAUCUCCAAGAAUUGGGUGGGCAGCAAACAAUUCUGGACAGGCAGAAUUCUCUGAGGACAAUUUUUGUCAACUACUUCAAGACGACUCUCUACCAUCGUGUGAGGGGUGUCACCUUUCGACGUGUCCUGGCGGAGCAGGGCUUCGACAUGACAAAGCUCCAGGACAUUUGGGGGAAGGAGAAGCGCGAUGGCAUCAGGGUGGCCGUUGCGGGGCUGCGGGAGCUCAAGGAAGAUGACAAGAAGGAGCUAACAGAUCUCCUUGAUUGUCAUUUUGACCCAGAGAAACAACCAAUUAAGCCAGUAUCCCGCAAGACCAAUAAGAGACGCUUCCAGAGGAGACAAACUUCAAGGAUUUCACCGAGGAAGCGAAAUGUUCAAAAGGGAAGAAACAACAAUCAGCAGCACCACAAUGGGGAGAAUCAUCAGGGGAACCACAACAACAAUAACUAUCAGCAGCAUGGCAAUAAUCAUCAGGGUGGUCGCAAUCAACGUGGAACACCACAGAAGCGCUUCACUGAGCACAAGGAAAUUACCCUGACUGGAAUGAAAAUUGAUGAAUUUUCCUCAAUGGCAGCUGCUGCAGCACCUCCAGUUGUUUCCUAAGUAUUUAACUUUUUUUUAAUUCCCUUUCCUCCUUUUUUGUCGUCCUGUGUUGCAUUCCCGGACAGGAAGAAAAGAAUUGAGGUAAAGCACAAGAAAACAAACAAACAAUCAAAAAUCAAUUUUCUCUCUGCAAAGAAAAAUGGCAAAAUUCUCCCUGAUAUGAUUACAAAAAAAAAUGAAUUAAUGAUAAAAUUAAAUUUUUCCUCUUUGUUGCGCCUUUAAGCGCUAAAAGAAAUUGGAAUUUUUGUCAAUUGAAAAAAAAAAUGAAAUAAUCUUAAAAAUAAUAAUUCUGAAAAUUGAGUUUAUUGAAUGAUGAAAAAGAAAAGAAAAUCUUCCCAAUAUUUUCCCGGGGUUAUUUGUAAAAUAAUUGUCUUAUUAUAUUUUUUUUAUCACAUUGAUUUGUUCUUUUGGCAAAUCAGUCUGGUACUUAUGCAAAAAAAAUGAUUAAUAAUUCUGUUGAAUUUAUGAGAGAGAGAUGAAAAAUCUUUAAUUACAUUCAUUGAAUGGAAUUUAAUAUGAAAAAAUAUUCUUUAAAAAGAAAAAAUUGUGAUGAUAAAAAUGAUUUAUAAAUAAUGAAUGAAAUGAUGAAGAAAUAUUUUUUGUAAAAAUGCGGAAAAAUGAAAAUGGAAAAAAAGGAAAACGAUUAAAUAAAAAUUUGCUUGAAGAACUAAGAAAAAA